AUGGCUGAACUUCUCAGUCAUCCGUCAUGGUUUACUACAAAGAAAAUUAAUUCAUAUUUAUUUUUAACUACUGAAGAUCAUUUCUUUGAAGGCAAUCGAUCAAAUAUUUGGCUUCUACGCGGUACUGCACAUGAUUUGAUCAUUGAUUGUGGCUUAGGUGUUUGUAAUUUGAAAAAGCAUUUAGAAAAUCUUCAUUUACUCAGUCAAGAUCGUAAAUGUAUUGUUUUAUGUACGCAUAAUCAUUUUGAUCACUGUGGCGGAGCACAACAUUUCGAGAAUGAAAGUGAAAUUUGGAUUCAUCAAGAUGAUUAUAAUGGUCUACGAAAUGGUCGACAAAUAGAAACAUUGAACUAUGUGCAACCAACGCAUUUUUUCCAACAACCUUAUCAUGGUUUUUCUGCACACCAAUAUCGAGUGCCAGCGACAAAAUGUGAUACCAUCAUGGAUGGACAUCGAAUUGAUUUAGGUCUGAAAUCACUUUUAUUCACUGUUAUCUAG